UAAUUAUCCUUUUUUUUUACGUUGUAUUUCAAAAUCUCCGUAUUGUACUUCUAAACGUAUUAUACAUUCGAAUACCAUACCAUCAUCAACACCACACCACACCUUAGAGACCCCAAAUCUUACAGACAUCUAGAACUCGUCUCGCGUCCGGCUUCUUUCCGGGCAUAUGAUGAUCUUAUGUCUUUCUCUAUUACCACCCAGUUUUCAAAAUCGCUAGAAAUAGAUUUCAGGCCACCCAGUUGUGUGAGGCUCUGAGGAUCCUAGAAUAGAACUGAUGGAGUUCGCAGUCCACCUAGUACCAUGUUAAGAAUCUCCUAUUGCGGUUAUUGCUGCCUUCAUCCAUGACUUGUGAAUUAUAAUAUACUCCGUUCUUCUUGUUUCCCUAUCACUCGAGCGUUUCUACUGCCUUUUAUGAUACUUUAAGCGACCUAGAUAUUUACUCAGGUACCGUACCCAGGCAAUAUUUAGAAAAACCCCUGAUUUGACCACAGCUAUGGAGAAUACCAUGAACAGUGCUAUCAAUAUCUACUGUAUAGCUUCGUUUUUAUUGUUCACCGUUGCCGUACAUUCAGGAUUGUGGAGAAGAGUCAGUCUAUCUACUCGUUACGCUGGAGGAACAAUGCUCUUCACGAUCUCCGUCCUCUGUGCCUAUUUGAAAUUCAAGCUUCUAUUGCCAGACCACAACAAUUAAGCCUCGUGCGACCAAAAGGGUAGGAUGUGCCUCCUCGGAGAGUGAGACCUCGGCUCUAAACUGAAUGCUAAACUUUUCACAGUGUCCUUCCGAGGAACCAAUGCCGAUCGUUUACUUGUCCUACACACGCGUGAGAAUGAUUGGUGGGAUAGAUGGAGUCAUAGUAUAAUAUAAAGCUGUUAGAUGUGACAUGAAUUGGUGCGACAAUAGAUACUACCUACCUAUAUAGAUGACAUCCUAAUAUUUGAUAACUGAGACCCAACACGGUUACACAAUAGGGGCCAAUCCCAACAUACGCCCAUAGGGUGCGGAUAUAUCAUGUUAGGCAGGUGUUACACCAUAAGCGGGUGUGAAUGGUGUAACAUGAGUAUGUAGUAUCCCAUGUAGGCGCAAGCCAACACUCUAAUAUGAGACGUGCAAUCCAACUGUCGAUCGUCAGCAACUGAAGACCUAUAGGCCGAGAACUUCGCAAUACCUUGGCAGCGUGGUGCAUUUGUC